UCUGUUACUUGGCUGUGAUAGUGACCAAGCCCCACGUCAGGCUGAGCUAUCUGCCACUGAGUUCAAAGGACACCAGCCCUGCCCUUGAGCCUGCCAGGCAGAGCGGAGCAGCAGUCCUUAUCAGGUGGAGGUCCUGCUGGGAGUCAGCCACUGCAGCCUCGCUCAGCCUGGGAAACACUCCGUUUUCAGCCAUCCCUUCAACAAACCACAGCCAAGAUGCCCAAAACGGUCAACGUCCGCGUCACAUCGAUGGACGCAGAGCUGGAGUUCUCCUUCCACCCCAGCACCAAAGGGAAUCAGCUCUUUGAGCAGGUGGCUAAAACCAUCGGUCUGAGGGAGAUUUGGUACUUUGGGCUCCAGUUUGUCGACACCAGAGGAUUCAUCACAUGGCUGCAGCCUGACAAGAAGGUGUUGGCUCAGGAUGUAAAAAAAGAGACGCCCCUGCAGUUCAAACUCAGGGCCAAGUAUUACCCUGAAGAUGUGGACGAGGAGCUGAUCCAGGACAUCACCAGGAGGCUCUUCUUCCUGCAGGUGAAGGAGGACAUCCUGUCUGAUGAGGUCUACUGUCCUCCAGAGACCGCUGUGCUGCUGGCCUCCUACGCCGUCCAGGCUAAGUUUGGAGAGUACAACAGGUUGGUCCACAGACCGGGGUACCUGACCUCUGAGCGCCUGCUUCCUAAAAGAGUGCUGGAUCAACACAAGCUGUCCAAGGAUCAGUGGGAAGACAGGAUCCAGGUUUGGCACGAGGAGCACAGAUCCAUGCUCAAGGAAGAGGCCAUAGUCGAGUACCUAAAGAUCGCCCAGGACCUGGAGAUGUUUGGGAUCAACUACUUUGAGAUUAAGAACAAGAAGGGCACUGAUCUGUGGCUGGGUGUGGACGCUCUGGGGCUCAACAUCUACGCCAAGGAGGACAGGCUCACUCCAAAGAUCGGGUUUCCAUGGAGUGAAAUCAGGAACAUUUCUUUCAAUGACAAGAAAUUUGUUAUCAAGCCCAUAGAUAAGAAAGCUCCUGACUUUGUAUUCUACGCUCCUCGUCUCCGUGUCAACAAGGGCAUCCUGCAGCUCUGCAUGGGCAACCACGCCCAGUACAUUCGCCGUCGCAAGGCCGACACCAUCGAGGUUCAACAGAUGAAGGCUCAGGCCAAACAGGAGAGGCUCCAGAAAAAGAUGGAGAGAGAUCAGCUGGACAGUGAGAAGAAGAGGAGGGAGGCCAUUGAGAAGGAGAAAGAGCAGAUGGAAAGAGAAAAGCAGGAGCUGAUGAUGAAGCUCAACCAGUUUGAAGAGACGACCAAGAGAGCAGAGAGAGAGCUUCAGGAGCAGCUGGAGCGGGCCUUGAGGCUGGAGGAGGAGAGGAGGAGGGUGGAGCAGGAGGCUGCUCGGCUGGAGGCUGAGAGGAUGGAGGCCAUAAUUGCCAAGGAGGAGCUGGCCAGGCAAGCCGAGGAGCAGAUGAAGAGCCAGGAGCAGCUGGCUGCAGAGCUGGCCGAGUACACCGCCAAGAUCUCCGUCCUGGAGGAGGCCAAGAAGGCAAAGGAAGAGGAGGCUGAGACGUGGCACAUCAAGGCUAUUGAGGUGGAGGAGAAUCUCCUAAAGACGAAGGAGGAGCUGCAAAGUGUGAUGAGUCCCCCUAACUCAGCUCCUGCCGCUGCCUCUUCCUCCUCCUCCUCAGACAGCGAGAGCGACCAUGAGCACAGCGAAGAUAACAGCACCUACAGUGCUGAGCUGCUGACACAGGGCAUCUACGACCACCGCCAGGAGGAGGAGCGACUCACAGAGGCCGAGAAGAACGAGCGCCUGAAAAGACAGCUGAUGGACCUGAGCUCAGACCUGGCACACGCCCGAGACGACACCAGGAAGACCCAGUACGACAUGCUGCAUGCUGAGAACGUCCGGGCCGGAAGAGACAAGUACAAGACCCUCCGUCAGAUCCGUCUGGGGAACACCAAGCAGAGGAUUGAUGAGUUUGAGGCCUUGUAGCGACCCAACACCUGAAGAUCUCCAAAUACCUCAUGAAGGAUGAGCUCAGCACAUUUUAUUUGAAGAGAAACAUAACGAUGACAGCCAUGUGUGAUGUUAAAGAGCCUGAAACAGCUGGUCUGGGUCUGCAUGACAGAACCGCCAUGCUGGGGGAAACACUGGUUAUUCUUAUUUUUGUUGUAAAACAUUUCACAUGUGCUGUUUAUUCUCAUUAAUCUAGAUGGCGGCAUAGGUGCGUGUGUGCCACUGGCUGUAAUAUUUAAGCAGAGCUGGUAGGGAAACGCGUCAAACAACUUAAAUUAUCGAAACGUAAAUUAUCAAAGUUUAUCUUGUUUGUUUUUCACUAAAACACUAAAUGUUUCAGACGUGUCAUGGGCUGUCGAGAAUCACAGGAAGCAGCCGACGUUUUCUUUUCUCAAAGUUGAAUUUACGAUCUUUGGUAUCUGUUGAUGAUGUCGUCACAGAAGGAAACUACAAUUAGGAAAUAAAACUACAGUAAGAAAUGGUUCUUUGUUUUAUUCUUCACAGCAGGUUCCUCCUGACUGAGCCAUGUCCACUGAAAUUAAAAUGAUCUAAAGAUG